GGUCUGGUUGUGCUCAAUCACACGGUGGAAGAACCAGCAGCCGUCUGCAGUGGAUUGUGCGUAAUAUAAUAAGGAAUGCAGCCUAUGUUGAAAUUACGCACGGAUAUGAAGCCAUACGCGUUUUUGGAGCCAAUUUCCAUUUCAGACUUCUGUUUUUAUUCGAGGACAAUUAAAUUCCAAUUAAAUUAGUCAUAGAGUUAAAAGUCUGCUGGCACUGAAGUGUCUGCUGUUCCUGGCGAAACCAAAUAGCUGAUGCUUGAACACACAGACAACUCCAGCGACGUCACGCAGUUUGGAGAGGGGGCGUCAAUGUCAGUGCGCCUGCACGAGCACAUAUACUCUGUGCCAUGUUUACCGGGAGCACUGAGUUUGAGAUCGGACUUGCAGAGCGCACGAGGAGCGCAUGAGGACUCGUCUGUGGAGCAGGAGAGACAACAAUGACGAGGAGCUGCGGAGCUGUGGGCUCCGGCCCUGCUUUCUGAUGUAGUUAAGUUUUUUUUAAAGAAGAUGAGAGCCUUUGUGUUGAGGCUGAUGAGCUCAGGAGGAUUUCUAAAGGGAUCAAUCACAGGUUUCACAGAAGAAAUGUCCACAACUGCAAGUCCAACCAUCCCCUCCUCACAGCUGACAUCAGAUCAACUCACUGUCGUCGCUGCGUCCUUUUCUUCUCUGGUGUUCUUUGUGAUUAUUGCGGUGCUGCUGUCCAUUAUUUAUCGCAAGGAUCCACAGUGCUGCAAACUCCGCUCCUAUCAGCGGCCUCAUGCAGAUAUGGACGCUCCCCCUCAGUACUACAGCAGCAGACAGACUCUGGUGGGAUCUUCUUGUCUGGAGCAGGAGAUCAUGGAUGACGACAACACUCAGCAGGCAGGUCAGCUGUUCUUCAUCGGCCUGCCCUCCAGCUACAGCCUGCCAACGCUGGAAGCCCCCCUGCCGAGGCUCCCCUCCUACGAGAGUGUUCGAAAAAAGGACCGCCAGAGGCAGAUCCACAUGAUGAUCGCGGACCGCUUUGGCCUCAAUGGACCCAUUGUGACUGAGCCUCCUCCCACAUAUGAAGAGAGUAUCCGCCAGUCUAUGGAGCUGCCGUUCAACAUCCUCUCACCUGCUGUGGACAUCUCUCCACCUCAGACUCUCUACACCAACCCAGGAGCUGACAUUCAGAGCGACGCACCUCAUCCAGCCAACUCGGACACCAACACCACCGCUCUACCUGUCUGAUCCUCACCGACUUCUCAAGCUGCCCGAUGAAUGUGAAAAGAACUCUGUAGCUUUCAUCCAGAUGAAAUCGUUGAAUUGUAAAGGCUGAUCAUGACUGGUACCUUCACACGUUCACACGAGCUGAUUCUGAUUCCUCAAGACUGAGGGGGGAACCAAAGAGGAGCUGCACAGCCUGCAGGGGAGGACACAUUUAGCUGGAACACAUGAAUGUUAAAAACACAGCAAAGUGGAUAUGAACCUUUUCUGAGGUGGCUGGAUCAUCCGGAUGAGGAUUUGUGUAUUACUGGGACUGCACCAAAAAGUGACCCUCUGUGUUCUUUCUGAACAGUGUGAAUUAGUUUUUUGCUGUUUGCUCUGUUAAUUUUUCUGGUUUGUGAGGUUAUCAGAGGUGUUUUAAUGAUAGAGGCUGGGCCAUACUGCUCCAGCAUAUAUGGUUCAGCCAGUGAGGUUGAAAAGGUGCCAAAGAGAGUGCCUUUCAUGAAGACAUUUAUUAUUUUCAUAAUACCUCAGUUUUCUUUUUCUUUGCUGAAGCAGACAAGACUCUAUGAUUUGUCACUUUCUUAUCAAAGAUUUUGUAACAUAACAUUUGAUAUGAUUUGAUGUCAGGACAGAAAGUGGAUUUGUUUGUUCUCUUCUCCAAAAAUGUUCAAGUCCUCAGCAGCAGUGAAUGUAAAAUGAAAACAGUUCCUUGUCCAGACUUGUUUUGUUUGUGCGACUCACGAUGUAAACAUGAUGCAAAAUGUUUGUCCUGCAUGUUGUCCUGUACUGUAUUUAUUAAAAAAAACAUGUGAACCAU